CUAAUGUAAUGUGCUUCCCGGCGCUGACGUUCUUUGUCCUAACCCUAAACGUCUUGUUUUUGUUGAGUGGACUAUCGAAUCCGUCGCAGGGGGACUAGCGAAGAGUUAUUCCGUGGUUCCGCAUCUCGUUGGCGGAAUAUGUUCAAAUUAAGUGUAUUUGCGCCAUUUUUUGUGCUGCAUCAGGCCAUGACAGUCGCUAACUGCGCCUGUUGGUUCUGGCGCACACGAGUUAGCUUCGCAAGCUAACCUGCUAGGUUGCUAAUCAAUGGGUUUCAAGACUUUUGACUCUGUCCGACGUAAAGAAUGUCAAGGAGUCCACAAAUAUGUCUGGCAUUGCAUUGAGCCGGCUUGCCCAGGAGCGCAAAGCGUGGCGGAAAGAUCAUCCUUUUGGAUUUGUUGCAGUACCAACCAAAAACCCGGAUGGAACCAUGAAUCUAAUGAACUGGGAGUGCGCCAUCCCUGGCAAGAAGGGGACUCCGUGGGAAGGAGGCCUUUUCAAACUGCGCAUGUUGUUCAAGGACGACUAUCCUUCAUCACCUCCAAAAUGUAAAUUUGAGCCUCCUCUCUUUCACCCAAAUGUGUAUCCAUCAGGCACCGUAUGCCUUUCUAUUCUGGAGGAGGACAAGGACUGGAGACCAGCCAUCACAAUAAAGCAGAUCCUAUUAGGUAUUCAGGAACUCUUAAACGAGCCUAACAUCCAGGAUCCGGCCCAAGCGGAGGCAUACACAAUCUACUGCCAAAACAGAGUAGAUUACGAGAAAAGAGUCCGAUCACAAGCCAAAAAGUUCUCCCCCUCGUAAGGGCAAGGACGGGCUGAAGGAAUCGCCUCCCUGCUCAGUCACAAUGAAUGUGCUCCCCUCACAUCGGGACUUGCUUAAAGACUUGUAUUUAAACUCUCCACAUUCUGUGCCAUCCACUUUGACCUGUCUUUUGUUUUGGCGCCGUCAUUUUUGCUCUUAAUGGCCGGUCGACGCGUAACGUUGAGAGGGGAUCGGCGCUGCAGCACCCCGCUCGUUUCUUUUUUUAAACUGUCUUGUUUGGCGCGGGGGGGGGGGGACGCGACUUCGAUCCAGUUUCACAGAGUCCACGCGAGCUGGCCGCCAUCCACGUUGAAGGAAGAAAGUGUUUUUGUUUCUCUUCUUUGCCACAUGUAAAUGUCCGCGUCUUUCAUUGUCAGUAUUUCAACUGCUGUAUAAUGAAUGGCACUUUUAUACUGUCGUAUUUCACUUAGUGUCUCUAGAUGCUUCUGUCUAAUUCCUUCCUGGGUUUUUCUAUUCAGCAUGCUGUAACAUACGAUAGAAUCCGCCGCCUCGGCUUUCUUUUUGUUCAUUCCGAGUCUUUUGUUGUCUGGAUGAAUAAAAAGGCGGCCGUGACCGAGGCGGGUAGGCAUACCAUUGUAUCAGACUUUAAGGGUAAACGGUGCUUUGUUCAUGUAUGUGUUGACGUAAAUAAAGGUUUCUACAAAAAC